AUGAUGCUCAUGUUGAGGGAUUGUGGUGUAUCAGAUGAAGGUUGUUCUGCUCUGGCUUCAGCUCUGAGGUCAAACCCCUCACACCUGAGAGAUCUGGAUCUGUCUAAUAAUAAACUAGAAGAUUUAGGAGUGCAGUGUCUCUCUGCUGGACUGGAGAAUCCUCACUGUAAACUGGAGACACUGGGGUUGGUUGAUUGUGGUGUAUCAGAUGAAGGUUGUGCUGCUCUGGCUUCAGCUCUGAGAUCAAACCCCUCACACCUGAGAGAUCUAAAUCUUUCUAAUAAUAAACUAGGAGAUUUAGGAGUGCAGUGUCUCUCUGCUGGACUGGAGAAUCCUUACUGUAAACUGGAGAUACUGGAGUUGGUUGAUUGUGGUGUAUCAGAUGACGGUUGUGCUGCUCUGGCUUCAGCUCUGAGAUCAAACCCCUCACACCUGAGAGCUCUAAAUCUGUCUAAUAAUAAACUAGGAGAUUUAGGAGUGCAGUGUCUCUCUGCUGGACUGGAGAAUCCUCACUGUAAACUGGAGACACUGGGGUUGUGUGAUUGUGAUGUAUCAUAUGACGGUUGUGCUGCUCUGGCUUCUGCUCUGAGAUCAAACCCCUCACACCUGAGAGAGCUAAAUCUGUCUAAUAAUAAACUAGAAGAUUUAGGAGUGCAGUGUCUCUCUGCUGGACUGGAGAAUCCUCACUGUAAACUGGAGAUACUGGGGUUGGGUGAUUGUGGUGUAUCAUAUGAAGGUUGUGCUGCUCUGGCUUCAGCUCUGAGAUCAAACCCCUCACACCUGAGAGCUCUAAAUCUGUCUAAUAAUAAACUAGAAGAUUUAGGAGUGCAGUGUCUCUCUGCUGGACUGGAGAAUCCUCACUGUAAACUGGAGACACUGGGGUUGUAUGGUUGUGGUGUAUCAUAUGAAGGUUGUGCUGCUCUGGCUUCAGCUCUGAGAUCAAACCCCUCACACCUGAGAGAACUGGAUCUGUCUCAUAAUAAACUAGGAGAUUUAGGAGUGCAGUGUCUCUCUGCUGGACUGGAGAAUCCUCACUGUAAACUGGAGACACUGGGGUUGUGUGAUUGUGAUGUAUCAUAUGACGGUUGUGCUGCUCUGGCUUCAGCUCUGAGAUCAAACCCCUCACACCUAAGAGGUCUAAAUCUUUCUAAUAAUAAACUAGGAGAUUUAGGAGUGCAGUGUCUCUCUGCUGGGCUGGAGAAUCCUCACUGUAAACUGGAGACACUGGGGUUGGGUGAUUGUGGUGUAUCAUAUGAAGGUUGUGCUGCUCUGGCUUCAGCUCUGAGAUCAAACCCCUCACACCUGAGAGAUCUGGAUCUGUCUCAUAAUAAACUAGGAGAUUUAGGAGUGCAGUGUCUCUCUGCUGUACUGGAGAAUCAUCACUGUAAACUGGAGAAACUGAGGUUGAAACAUUGUGGUGUAUCAGAUGAAGGUUGUGCUGCUUUGGCUUCAGCUCUGAGAUCAAACCCCUCACACUUGAGAGAUCUGGAUCUGUCUAAUAAUAGUAAUCUAUGAGAUUCAGGAGAAAAUCAUCACUGUAAACUGAAGAUACUGGGAUUGCCACCACUUUAUGAAAGAUGAAGACUGAGAUAAAACAAAACCUUUCCUCAGUGGUUAUAGUGGAGACUACUUACCAUCUUUUUGAAAGCUUGAUGUCAAAGGGUGUCGGAGUGCAAACAAGUCACAAAACGACUCAGACUUGAAACAUUGAUCAGUUUCAUUGAUUGAUUCAGGAUGGAAUUAUUUGUUAAUAAACCCACAGGAUUCAAAUGAUUAGAUUGUUGAAGGAUGACUAUAAAACCAGUCAGAGCUUUUAAAUUCAGUUUAGGUGGAAUGUAUGUGUAUACAACCCAAAAUCAGAAAAUGUUGAGACAGUAUGGGAAAUGCAAAUAAUGGUACAAAAGCAGCAUCCAGGAAAGGCUGAGAGUCUUUGAUGAGCAAAGAAUUUCAGUGCAUAAAGGCCAAGGAAUCAAGCUUAAGCUGAACGCUUGUGAUCUUCCAUCCCUCAGACAGCAUCAAGAACCUCCACUCAACAAUAGUUGAGAGAACCACAUGGGUGAGGGAUUAUUUUGGCAAACCUUUAUCAAGCUCUACAAUAAAGAGUUACUGCACAAAUGGUAAUUAAAACUUUACAGUGCAAAAAAGGAGCCUUAUGUUAACCAUGUCCAGAAGCGGCGUCGACCUCUCUGGGCUCUGAGCCAUCUAGGACGGACCAUCACACAGUGGAAAUGUGUAUUGUGGUCAGGUGAAUCAGCAUUAAGCAUUUUGGAAAAAACACAUUACAAAGGCGUGGCUGUGGCAGAAGAGGGUACAGGUACUGGACUGGCCUGCCUGCAGUCCUGAUCUGUCCCCAAUAGAGAAUGUGUGGAGAAUUUUGAAAGGAAAAAUGCGACAAUGACGACCCCAUACAGUUGCACGUCUUAAGACGUGUUUGCAGUAAGAAUGAGACAAAAUAAAAGCUGAAACACCAAAUCACUUGCUCUCCUCGGUGCCAAAACCUUUUUUAAGUGGUGAAAAGGAACGGCAACAUUACAAAGUGGUAAAUUCUUUACUGUCCCAACUUUUUUGGAAUGUGUUGCAGGCCUGAAAUGCAGGAAUGGAUGUUUAUUAAUAAUUAUUAAUUAAUUAGUUAGUUCCGACCUUACAAAUAUGAUUGGUUGAGAAGCGUUCUAACCGUGCUGAUAUUUGUGAUAACAGCACAGCCUUUCCACACCACAACUGUAUUACUCCGCUGACCCGUUGCCAGUAUGUUAUCACAGCCGUGAUGUUAUUUGUGAUAACACAGUCCCUCUCGUGUUCUAUUGCUUAAAUGAAAUGGAGUUGAGCAGAUAAAACAUGAAUUAUCUCAGGUUCAUCCUGUCUGCCAUCAAAUUGUAGUGUGAUAUACUGUUGGGCCCCUGAGCAAGGCCCGAAACCCUCAAUUACUUUACUGAGAUUUGUAUUCAGUCAUAAUUGUAAUAAAAGUUUCUUUGUAUAAA